GGAGCGCGGGCGGCUCCUUGGCCCGGCCGGAGUUGAGGGGAGAGCAGGGGCGGACCGACAUGGCAGACCAGAUUCCUCUGUACCCGGUGCGCAGCGCCGCGGGGGCGGCGGCCCCCAACCGCAAACGCGCGGCCUACUACAGCGCGGCGGGGCCCGGGCCGGGGGCCGACCGGCGCGGCAGGUACCAGCUCGAAGAUGAGUCUGCCCACUUGGAUGAAAUGCCUCUAAUGAUGUCUGAAGAAGGCUUUGAGAACGAGGAAGGUGAUUACCACACAUUACCACGAGCUAGGCUGACGCGAAGAAGGAGAGGCCUGGAGUGGUUUGUCUGUGGCGGAUGGAAGUUCCUCUGCACCAGUUGCUGUGAUUGGCUGAUAAAUAUUUGUCAAAGAAAGAAAGAACUGAAAGCUCGCACAGUAUGGCUUGGAUGUCCUGAAAAGUGUGAAGAGAAACAUCCCAGGAAUUCUAUAAAAAAUCAAAAAUACAAUGUAUUUACCUUUAUCCCUGGGGUUUUAUAUGAACAAUUCAAGUUUUUCCUGAAUCUCUAUUUUCUGGUAGUAUCCUGCUCACAGUUUGUACCAGCAUUGAAAAUAGGCUAUCUCUACACCUACUGGGCUCCUCUGGGAUUUGUCUUGGCUGUUACUAUCGUGCGGGAAGCCAUUGAUGAAUUCCGCCGUUUUCAGCGUGACAAGGAGGUGAAUUCUCAGCUCUACAGCAAGCUUACAGUGAGAGGUAAAGUGCACGUGAAGAGCUCAGACAUCCAAGUUGGAGACCUCAUCAUAGUGGAAAAGAACCAGAGAAUUCCAUCAGAUAUGGUGUUUCUUAGAACUUCAGAAAAAGCAGGUUCGUGCUUUAUUCGAACUGAUCAACUGGAUGGCGAGACCGACUGGAAGCUGAAGGUGGCAGUGAGCUGCACGCAACGGCUGCCUGCGCUGGGGGACCUUUUUUCUAUCAGUGCUUACGUUUAUGCCCAGAAGCCACAACUGGACAUUCACAGCUUUGAAGGGACGUUUACCAGGGAAGACUGUGACCCACCUAUUCACGAAAGUCUCAGCAUAGAAAAUACAUUGUGGGCAAGCACUGUCGUAGCCUCAGGUACUGUAAUAGGUGUUGUCAUUUAUACUGGAAAAGAGACUCGAAGUGUAAUGAACACAUCCAAUCCAAAAAAUAAGGUUGGCUUGUUGGACCUGGAACUCAACCAGCUGACGAAGGCACUGUUCUUGGCUCUGGUGGCCCUGUCCGUUGUCAUGGUAACCCUGCAAGGCUUCGUGGGCCCUUGGUACCGCAACCUUUUUCGGUUCCUUCUUCUCUUUUCCUACAUCAUUCCCAUAAGUUUGCGUGUGAACUUGGACAUGGGCAAAGCAGCCUACGGGUGGAUGAUGAUGAAGGACGAGAACAUUCCCGGGACAGUCGUUCGGACCAGCACCAUCCCUGAGGAGCUGGGGCGCCUGGUGUAUUUACUGACAGACAAAACAGGAACCCUCACCCAGAAUGAAAUGGUGUUUAAGCGGCUGCAUCUGGGCACGGUAUCCUACGGCACGGACACGAUGGACGAGAUCCAGAGCCACCUCCUGAACUCUUACUCACAGGUGCAUUCUCAGGCUGCUGGGAACACGCCCGGGGCAGCUCCGCUGAGGAGAGCGCCGUCUGCCGCCCCCAAGAUCAGGAAAAGCGUCAGCAGCCGGAUCCACGAGGCGGUGAAAGCCCUCGCCCUGUGUCACAACGUGACCCCUGUGUACGAGUCUCGGGCCGGCGUCACUGGGGAGACCGAGUUUGCCGAGGCGGACCAAGACUUCAGCGACGAGAACCGCACCUACCAGGCCUCCAGCCCUGACGAGGUUGCGCUGGUGCAGUGGACGGAGAGCGUGGGGCUCACUCUGGUCAGCAGGGAUCUCACCUCCAUGCAGCUGAGGACGCCGGGCGGCCAGAUCCUGACCUUCUGUGUCCUGCAGAUGUUCCCUUUCACUUCGGAGAGCAAGCGCAUGGGAGUCAUCGUCAGGGAUGAGUCGACAGCGGAGAUCACGUUCUACAUGAAAGGCGCGGACACGGCCAUGGCGGCCAUCGUCCAGUACAACGACUGGCUGGAAGAGGAGUGCGGGAACAUGGCGCGUGAAGGGCUGCGCACCCUGGUGGUGGCGAGGAGGGCGCUGACGGAGGAGCAGUACCAGGACUUUGAGAGCAGAUACAGCCAGGCCAAGCUGAGCGUCCAUGACAGGACGCUGAAGGUAGCCGCGGUAGUGGAGAGCCUGGAGCGGGAGAUGGAGCUGCUGUGCCUGACCGGCGUGGAGGACCAGCUGCAGGCCGACGUGCGGCCCACAUUGGAGAUGCUGCGGAACGCGGGCAUCAAGAUAUGGAUGCUUACCGGCGAUAAACUCGAGACCGCGACCUGUAUUGCCAAAAGUUCACAUUUGGUGUCUAGAACACAAGACAUUCAUGUUUUCAGACCAGUCGCCAGUCGGGGAGAGGCCCAUCUGGAGCUGAACGCACUCAGGAGGAAGCAUGACUGUGCGCUGGUCAUCUCUGGGGACUCGCUGGAGGUGUGCCUGAAGUACUACCAGCAUGAGCUCGUGGAGCUGGCCUGCCAGUGCCCCGCCGUGGUCUGCUGCCGCUGCUCGCCCACCCAGAAGGCCCACGUCGUCAAGCUGCUGCAGCAGCACACAGGGAGGCGCACGUGCGCGGUCGGUGAUGGUGGGAACGACGUGAGCAUGAUCCAGGCGGCGGACUGCGGGAUCGGGAUAGAAGGAAAGGAAGGCAGGCAGGCCUCGCUGGCAGCAGACUUCUCCAUCACUCAGUUCAGGCACAUCGGCAGGCUGCUCGUGGUGCACGGGAGGAACAGCUACAAGAGGUCCGCCGCGCUCGGCCAGUUCGUCAUGCACCGGGGCCUCAUUAUCUCCACCAUGCAGGCUGUGUUUUCUUCUGUCUUCUACUUCGCGUCAGUGCCGUUGUACCAGGGGUUCCUCAUGGUUGGGUACGCCACUGUGUACACCAUGUUCCCCGUGUUCUCCUUGGUGCUGGACCAGGACGUGAAGCCGGAAAUGGCCAUGCUGUACCCGGAGCUGUACAAGGACCUCACCAAGGGAAGAGCCCUGUCUUUCAAGACCUUCCUCGUCUGGGUUCUCAUCAGCAUCUACCAAGGUGCCAUCCUCAUGUAUGGGGCGCUGGUCCUCUUCGAGUCCGAGUUCGUCCACGUGGUGGCCAUCUCCUUCACGGCGCUGAUCCUGACCGAGCUGCUGAUGGUGGCGCUGACCAUCAGGACGUGGCACUGGCUCAUGGUCGUGGCCGAGCUCCAGCUGGGCUGCUACGUGGCCUCCCUGGCCUUUCUCAACGAGUAUUUCGAUGUGGCCUUCAUCACCAGCGCCACCUUCCUGUGGAAAGUGUCGGCCGUCACCGUGGUCAGCUGCCUCCCACUCUACGUCCUCAAGUACCUGAGGCGCAAGCUGUCGCCACCGCGCUACUCCAAGCUCACCUCCUGAGGGCACGGGAGCCCCUCGCCGGGAGCGGCAGGGCCCCUGCAGCCACGCGGCAGCUCUGCCUUCCUCGCGUGGUCGACAUUGAACUCCACGGGAGCUGCUCGGUGCACAGGGAGCCCCACUGCUGCGCGCCUCACAGAGGACUUCUCCCCGGGCGAACCAAAGUCGAAUCUCCACGGCUUCCUAACUAAUUCUUUCUUCGAUGUUAUAAUACAGAGUCACUCCUGCCUGAGAGAAAUAAAACCCAGACCUGUGGAGGCCA